AUGACUAAGUAUUCUCAUUUUAAAAGAUAAAUGGAUGAGAAAAUUUUUAUAACUUGGUGGAUUUGAUAAAUUAUGACAAUUUUUUAAAUAAUAUCAAGGUAAGAGUGUGAGUAUUAUUUAAUAAAACAGUUAUUUCUAUCAUAUUUUAACAUAAAUUGAAAAAGAAAUCUUGUCAUUUCUUUUAUAAACAUUUUAAAAUUAUAUAAUUGCUGCCUGUGCUUCUAAUGGAAAUAAUUUGUAUAAGGCCUCUAAAGCUAUUCAAAUAAUAAAACCUUUAGAUUAAGUUUCAAUUGAUAUUAGAUAAUCUGAAGAUCCAGAAAAGUUUAAAUUACUUUUAUAGAAAUUGAAAGAGACUAGAUUAAGUGACAGUAUUACUGAGAAAAUUGUAAAAUUUAUUAGUGUUUUACUAAAUUUAAUUUAAGAACUACUGAAGAGUAAUGAAUUAGAAUAAGAAGAUAAAUAAAUUAUAAAACAUAGUAUUAUUAUAAUAAUAGUAAUAUUAUUACAUAAUUAAGAAUUAUUAACAAAUAAAAUUGAGAAUGUUGAAUUUGUAUAUAUAUUCUUUUAUGGAAUUUUACUGAUAAAUCUGAUAGUGUUAGAAAUCUAUUUUGAUUUUAUGGCAGGAAAGUUAGAAGAGAAACAAUUAACCUACAAAAAUCAUGUUAUAGCAAUUGAUUUCAAUGUAAAAUCAGUAAGAAAACUCAUCAUUAUAUUAUUAAGUUAAUUGAUUGAUAGUUCUUUUGAGAGUGAAGACUCAUAAUAAUUUAUUGAUUAUUAGCAAUUAACUUAAUAAAUACUUGACAGUCUCAUUAAUAAUAAGAGUAUUGAAACAAGAUAAAAAUCUACUGCUGUUGAUAAAAUUCUUAUUGAGUUAUUAAAUUUGUUAAAUAAAUUAUACAAAUUCAUUAAAUAACCAAUAAAUGAUUUAAUAUUCAAUGAUUGUUUAUUUAGCCUUCAGGAAGAAGGAGAUUAAAAGUAAAUCAAUUGA